AUGCUACAUCCCAAUAAUUCAGUAGUCGACACAUCGGGCACUGGAAACAUGAGUGAAAACACAGAUGCUCCACCGAAACAACAAACGAAAAAGAAAAUAUCAAAACAGAAUUCAACCAAAACCGAUUUUUUUGCUGCACGAUUGGCUAGUGCGGUUGACGAUAUAGAAAGCAGUGAUAGUGAUGAAACAUUUAUAUAUGAGAAUAAUGAUACCGAACUAGAUGAUAAUGCUAGUAACAUUAACAAUAACAACAACAGCACCAACAACUUUGUCAAUUUAGAUAAUGCUAGUGUUAAUGGAAGUAUGAUUGCUUCACCCAAUGCAAUGAUGACUGGUCCUCCUGGAGCAUCAUUGACAUUAGGAUCGGGGCUUCGAUCGCCAUCCAUACUAGAGGGAGAACAGCUUCAAUAUUUUCAUGACCCAGGGAGACAACAACCGUUCAAACUUCCGUCUACUAAGGCGCCAUCGAUUGCCAAUUCCAUCGGCAGUUCAAAUAAUAUAGAUUCGAUACUUAAACGACCCGUACAUCUUCGUGAAACAUCAACAUAUUCAGUGAAUGAUAACGAUCACCGAAAUUUUGUUCCUCCAAGCUCAACUGAAAGGUUCACUGCUUCACCAUCGAAUAACAUUGGCAAUGAAAAUUUACCACAAUAUCAGAAAACUAACAGUGUUGCCCAUUCCAUCAAUGAAGGAUACAAUGACGAUACAUUUUCAUACAAUGAGGUUGAGGAUAAUUUGAUUGAUGAAGAUUCUAUGGAUGAUGGAGAAUUGGCAAAAAAUACCACUACUAAUAAUAACAAUCCACCAACCACGUCAAACCAGCAACCACAAUCACAACCACAAUCACAACCACAAAUUCAACAACCACAACUACAUACCCUGUCUCCACUAAAUCAGAUACUGACAACAAUGUCUGCAACACCUUCUGUAUCGACUAAGAACGCAUCUAAAAGAAAUUAUAAAACCUCAUCCACUUCUUCCAAAUUGAGAUCAACUACAUCUAAACUUUUCGAUAAAAAGGGUUCGCAACCAAGAAGGUAUAGCACGAUUCCUGAUGAUAUUGACAUUGAAGAUUUUGAUGAUGAGCUAAUAUAUUACGACAACACCGUUAGGUUCCCAGCUAACGAAUCAACUUCAUUACUAAAUCAAAACCAAAGAAUCCCUCAUUAUAGAUCACUUAAUUUGAAUUUCCCUCAAGUGAAGCGGCAAAGCAAGCGUUAUUUAUCAACUGGUCAACCUCUAGAAAGUUCAGAUCGUGGCUCAAACAAAGAUGGUAAUGAUAAUGGAAGUAGCAGUGAUAACAAUGUUAAUUCUGCUAUGACUGGUAAUAAUAACAAUAAUGGUGAUAACAAAAAGAUCAACAACAACAACAACAACAACAACACUGCUAACAAUAGAGCAUUUCCAUUUCCUUAUCAAGAUCAACAACAUCAUUAUUACUAUGACUAUGAUGAUUAUGAUCAAGAGUCACAAAUCAAUGGACCCAACUUUGAUUUGCCAGAUCUCCCUAUAAACAGAUCAGCUUCACGGAAUUUUAAUAACAAUAAUAACCCUAAAAGAUUUGGCGACAGUCAUUUCUUUCUACCAAGAAAGACUGAUCAGUAUAGUCAAAGACCAAGCUUUUUAAAAUCAUGCAUUUAUACCUUUGUUUGUAUUUUAAUUGUGCUUACCAUAGGGUUUGUGUUGGGGUUUGUUUUGGCGACAACAAAAGAUUUGACUGAUGUAGGCAUCACAUCCAUUGAGAACCCCAUUGUUAGUAAAGAUGAAUUAGUUUUCAACGUUGUUAUUGAAGCAUUUAAUCCAGGGUGGUUUUCAGUUGAUAUCAAUGAAGUAGAAUUGGAUUUAUUUGCCAGAAGUGGCUACUUACCUGAUACAGAUGACCUGAAAAUUUUACAAAUGGGAGGAUCACAGAAAGUUGAGACGGUCAAAUUGGGAACAAUUUUGAAUUUUGAAUCGGUUCUAAAUUUCAAAGGUGGCUUUCUUUCUCGAGAACCAACAAUUCAAAAGGGAGGAAUUCGAUUAUUGUAUCCCGGGAAAAAUGUUACGGGAGAAGCGAAAUUGAUUGUAAAUAUGGCUGAUAUUAAAGUUGCUACUUCAAAUAAUAUGGCUAAUAAAAUCACCAGUAGUGAUGGUAGCCAUGAAGAUGAUAACUCCAAGAAAUGGGAGAUCAUAUCAAGCAAUCCAUUUGAUUUAAUUAUAACUGGAGUAUUAAAGUAUGAUUUACCAUUUUCAAGAACCACAAGAUCAGUUGUGGUUAGAAAAACUGGGUAUAUUGAUCCUACAUUAUUCGUUAUUCCACAAGGAGAUAAUAAUAAUCUAUCAAUUUAG